CUCUUCAUGGCAGCGCGAGUGGUGGCGUGACGGUUAGCUUAUAGUAGUACGUGUGCUUGUUGUUGGGGACAGGCUUGUUGGCGCUGAGGCUAGAAGCCCAAGAGGGAGAGAAACGCCUGCGACACUCACCUGACUGCACAGAAUCCAUAGAACCCGGCAGACAGGAUUUUACAACCUGCGGAGACACACAAGGGAACUACACGCCCGGGGAGAACGUAGAACCGACAGAACCGAGGGGAGGAACCGAGAGGGAGCCGGAGCCUGGUGCUGAAGCUGGUAUGAGAGAAGUUAAGGGAGAGGGCUGUUGAGGUGUCUGGGUGUGAUUGGGCACCCUCUAGUGAACAUUACUACUACUACUACUGCGACCACUAAGCUGAGGAAUCAGAUAUUUUCUGUUUUGGCUACUUUUCGCCCAUUGAGCAAUUCAAGAAGCCUCUGGUUCAGGGUUAAAUAGACACCAUGUGGUGUUUGGAGAUGCUUCUGCCGCUGUUGCUAAUCAUCAAAGAUGUCAGUGGCCAGUGGAACGUAUGGAUACCCAGGGACAUCUCGGCCAUGACCAACUCCUGCGUGGUCAUCCCCUGCACAUUCAUGUACCCGUCCGGUAUCCGUCUGCACUACGGCAUCCACGGAAUCUGGUACUUUGGCCAGCCCUACCCCCAGCUCUUCCCACCUGUGGUGUUCAAGACGCGCACAGAAAUCGUACAUGAAAGUUACCAAGGGCGUACCAAGCUCAUCGGAGACCUGCACCAGAGGAACUGCACUCUGCUCAUCAGUAAUAUUGGUACAGAGCACUCAGGGAGGUACUACUUCCGUGCCGACCUGGGCGGUGCCAACAUCUACACCUACCCAGACUUCUCUGAGCUCAAGGUGCUGGACCAGCCGAACAUUGACAUCCCUGAGGAGAUAGUCGCAGACGAGAAUCUGGAGUUGACCUGCUAUGCUCCAGACAACUGUCCAGAGAAUAGCCCAGAGAUCCAAUGGAUGUACACAGACUACCUGCCUGAACCUGAGUAUACCUCAGACUACGUGGCAGAGAGCAACACAGCCGUGCUGUCCAGCACGCUCACCUUCACCCCCAGGCCCAUGCACAACGGUCAGCUGCUGGGCUGCAGGGUCUCCUACCCCAACACCACCCUGGUCUACGAGAGACUCAUCUCUCUGGACGUCAAGUAUGCCCCUCGCUCGGUGUGGGUGAACGUGUCCGCGGAGGUGAUGGAGGGCAGCUCGGUAACGCUGCACUGCGAGGUGGACAGUAACCCUCCUCCCAGGAUCUCCUGGCUAUUUGGGGACCAGGAGCUGCUGUGGGACACAGCCUCCAAUGCCUCGUUCUCCCUGGAGGACUUAACCCCCUCUCAGGAGGGUAUCUACACCUGUGUGGGGGAUAACGGCUACGGCGUCAUGAACACGUCCAUGUAUCUGGCCGUCUUGUACCCUCCCAGUGAGCCAGUGGUAAAUGGCUCCCUGACCAUUUUGGAAGGUUCCUCCAUCUCCCUGCAAUGUAGCACACAAGGCAAUCCCACACCCACCCUCACCUGGCUGAAGGACGGGGAGCUGGUGGGCAGCAUCACGGCCGCGGAGGUGUCUGUGCUGGAGCUUCUGAAGCUCAACCCUCAGGGAGACGGACAGUACCGCUGCCUGGCAGAGAACGAACACGGACGAGCCAGCAGCUCCCUCAACAUCACUGUGGAAUACGCCCCAGUCCUUCUGGACGAGUCCAAGUGCACAGUGGUGAGGGAGGGAGUCCAGUGUGUUUGCAUGGCUACGGGUAAUCCUGAGCCCAUCAUCGAGUUCUACCUCCCCGACAAGAACAUCACCGUCAACGACACGGACGGCCGCUACAACUACUACACGCACACGGACGGCCACACGUCCACGGGCAUGAUCAAACUACGGGAGAAGGGCGAGCGCCUGGGCAACGGUGCUGUCAAUGUGCACUGCAGCAUUAGCAACAUGUACGGGUCGGAGAGCUUUCAUCUGGAGCUACAGCAGGAGAAGAAGUACAUGAUGGCAGUGAUCGUUGGCACCAUCGGUGGAGUGGCUGUCAUCGCCUUCAUCAUCGCAGCAGUGAGAUAUGUGGGCCAUAACAACAAGAAAGAGAAUGGCAACCCUGGGCAGGACCUGGUCUCUAAACUGGAGAACCCAGCAUUGUACUACAGCACAGUCAAGAAGGACAAACAAUGUUUGAGGAAGAAAGUGCUUAAGACAGAGCUUCUGGGCUCAAAGUUUAACUCCAUUCUAGAGGAGAGCACGGGAGAAGACGGGGAUUAUCAAUCUGUGGGCUCUAUGGCAGACCUGGAGAGGCAAGAGCUGAACUAUGCCGCCCUGGAGUUUCUGGGGGCGCUCCAGGGAUGGGGGGGCCUCAGGGAGGGGGGAUGACGGCAGCGACUACACCGAGAUCAAGGCCAAAUGAAUCGCGAUCCUUCCCUGACCCAUCGUCACCGCGGGACACAGUGGCAGCCAUGUUGUCGCCCCCUUCCUCACGUCAUUCACCCCCUCUUCAAACGUCUUCCCCCCUCCCCCGUGGACACCAUCACCACCCUUCACCAUCACACCGAGAUCCCCCAUCGUCUCCCCCCGUCCCUGACUCAUCUCAAAUGAUGUCCCCGUUAGUUGACCCCCAAGCCUCCAGGGGGAGCCCCAGUGACAUCUCGCCACCCAGGACUGCUGGUAGCUACUUGCAAGGUCGGAACACGGCCCAGUGGACAAUGUAAAAAGAUCUUUGUAUUAUCAGCAGCUGUCGGUCUCCCAGCUCUUACCCUACUGGUCAUAGUCACAAAACUUCCUCACAACAGGUACAAUGUGUUAGUUACUGUACUGUAUCAUCUAGAUUCAAUGUUGCUAUUCCCAUCUCUAUACCAUUAAUUGUUGGCAUUGCCAUCAAGCUUGGGACACAGUAACACAUUUUCUGGGGCUCCCCUUCUGUAUGUCACCCUAUAUCAUACUUAUAGCUAGCCUGGUUAAACCAGAUUGAACGCUGCGCUCACCAGUUUUCCUGUGAAAGGCAACGCAAUCAGCUUGGAUACCAGGCUAACUAUCUAGAUCUGUCCAUUAUAGUCCUUCUCCACUGUGUCCGCUGCCAGUCGAAGUGUCUGGGAAAGGGGUGUGUUUUGUGCUUUUUAUUUUCUUAUCUCUAUUUCUGACCCUGGAUCUGGAGGAAAUGAAGGAUCUCUUCUCUCUUCCUGAUCCAGUGGUUGUCAACACUGACCAGUGUUCAACAAACGUCAGGCCUGAUACACAUCCAAUUGAAGCCUGUCAUCUUCAUCUCACAUAUUCUGUUCCCACAUAUAGUUCAAUAGUGAUGUGUGCUGUGACUCAGUGGCUUUUGAUGAUGAUGAGAAAUGAAUAUUUAUUUGAUUUUAUAUAAAGAGAGAAUAUGGAUACUCUUAGAGGUUUGUCCAGCCUUGAACACAAGGUUCUGUUCGUCCAAGAAGUGGGCUGAUUUUUUUAGUUCUGAUGCAUUAUAAGCACUGGUUGAGUUGUGGUUUGCUCUUCGGGAACUGUGCCGGGCUAACACAGAAUGUUCUGUUUAUGCCAUUGCCCAUGAUUUAAUUAUAGUAUUUUUGGACGAUUUCUCUGUUUUGCUAAGGAUAAGUGUUAACUUAUCCUUAAACGGGAACCAAUGGGUUAGAAUACAUUUUUGGAUCAAUCUGGCAUACAUGACUCCACUGUAGCACUUGCACAGCAGGCCAAAAUGUAUCUCGUUGAGACAAUGUGUGUGUGUGUGUGUGUGUGUGUGUGUGUGUGUGUGUGUGUGUGUGCAAACAGUGCUGAAAGAUCAGCGAACACUGAUCACUGUGACUGUUUCAAAGUAUCACUUUACCGGAGACCGCUUCUCCCAAAAUGUCUUCUUCAAUGGUUGUGAAUUGUGAAAUCGAAGCCUAAUCCUAUAAGGUUGUAUCAGAUGAGGCGUUUGAGUGGCACAACAUUAAAGCUGAUAUACCAGUUGGUUGUGCUGUUCAAAUAUACGUGAUCAACUCAUGUAAUGUAAUCCCCAAGCUCACUAAUGGCAUCACUUGAUAACAAUGACUGUUAAUACAAUAUUAAUAAGCUGCAUAUGGAUGGGUAAAAAGAUACCAGUAUACAUUAUGUAAAUAAAUACCCUGCAUGACUAUUAUGCUGUCAGCCAUUUGUGUAAAAAUACUACGGUAUAUACAGUACAUGCUCAGUAUUACAACAAUGAUUUACACAGGCAAGUCGGAUACAGGUUUGGGAACACUUUAACUGACUUCUCUGUCAUAAGGGUGACAUAACGCUGUCAUAACAUAACACAUGUCAUUUUCGGUCGUGAAAACUGAUGUCAAAAUACUGACAACCCUUUACACUGUCAUGACACAAAUGGAUAUUUAUGUAAAUUAGUUGGCUAGCUGUAUCCUAAGCCAAUAAGCUGACUGAAGCAAAGAUUUGUGCCAUGACAGUGUCAAGUCAGCUGUCAAGCUUAUGUCAGCUGUCAUGACUGUUAAUAACAUAUUUUAUGUAAUUGUUCUGACAUGGUUUAGUCACUAGAAGUAAUGUCAGAGUGCUCAAGAUGUGUUACCCAACGUUGAGACAUGCCAAUAUGGACAUCAGUUUAGUAACACUUACUGUCGUCAGUUCUCUUGACCGCCUCAUGGGGGGGGUUCAUUUCUUUCUAAACCUGGAAACAAAAUGGAGAAGCGCUGUUCAUGUCUUAUCUAAUUUGUUUGUCACAUAGUGUGUUGGAAAGCAGAUUUGUACUUUCUUUACUUUGUGGUAUUCAUUAUUAUUAUUGUGAUGAUUUUUUUUUUAUAUAUAUCUUUGACACAAUAAUUCCGAUCAGAAUUCUGCAAUCCUUCUGCAAAUUACCACAGUUUUCACUUAACGACAAUAUGUGCUCUAUAAUGAUGUUUGAUCACUCUCUUUAUUUUACAAGUCUGUCCCGCCUCAAGCAAAGCCAUCUUUCUUUGGUUCCAAACAACAAAUAAAUAAAGUAAACAACA